UUUUAAGACAAUCUUCAAUUGUUUGAUAAAUUUUAAUCGAUCAACUGCUUGCAGCAGAAGUAGUUCAUCUUAAUAGACUUCCGAUCAUUGAAAGUGGGUUAUUCGGUCAAUCGCUGCGUGAAGAAAAUGGACGUUCCAGUUGAUGCUCAAGAGCUUGCUCUGCCGCCAAUCGAGGCGUUCAAAAACUGUCAAUACCAUGUUCGGGUUAGUGGAACAACGGUACUGGACAAACGGAUCAUGUCCUUUGUGGAUAACUUGUGGGGUUUCGAGGUUACCGGAGGGGUUGAUCAGUUCGAACCUCUGACGGUGAUCGCGGUCAAACGGGAAGGCUUGGCGCGGCGGGCCGGUAUCCGGGUGAAUGAUGUGAUUACUAAAAUCAACGAGACCUACGCUGACAAGCUAACGCUGGCGCAGGCCCAGGAGUUGAUCGCGGAAUCCGGAAGGACUGUGAAGAUCUUCGUUAGGGGUGAUGUUGAGGAAGAAAGUGAGGAUGAAAUGACCGUGGACUAUUGGUUCCAACCUUAUGGUUUCUUUUCCUCAGUAAGUGACGCCGAUCGAUCAUUGUUAGACUGGGAAGCAAGGAUGCGUGCAAAUCGAAACCCGGACAAAUGGAACGGACUUUGGCCAUGGAACGAUCGUAGGAAGGUUAUCUAUAAAGAAUCCAACUGCUACAUGGUCCCGAGUGUAGCAGAAGACAAGCGAGAACGGGAACUUAAGCUGCGGGUCUCCGAAAUGGACUACAAAAAACAUCUGGUGCUCGAAAAGGAGGAAGCGGAACGAAAAGCAGAAGAACAACGUCAGGAGGAGGCCAAACAAGCUGAGAAGGAUCGAAGAGCCGAAGAGGAAGCAUUUUUCGCCAAGUUUGAAGCAGAACAGAAGCGACUGGAGGAACAGAAUCCCCAACAAGCCGCAGAAACCGAUCAGUAUAUUGAGGAGCUGAUGCAACAGGAGAAAUUACUGGCCGCUGGAGACGGUGAAGAGGUGAGCACCGAUUUUCCGGCGGAGAUAGAAAGAGAUGUAUAGCAAUCAGUUAGACUAAGCGGAUUACAUUCUAUUGACGGUCAAUUUUACAUGUAAAUAAUAAAUAUUUUAUACAGUUUUAUUUCUAA